UCUCUCCCUCCCUCUCUCCCUCCCGGCAGUGCAUCCCCAUCCCCCACACGGUGGCCGUCUCUUCGGGUGAAAGCUGUCUUCUCUGCGCCACUGGUCCGACAAAAACGCUGCUGUAGCAGAGCCAGUCCGCACCGACCCAGAGCAGAGCAGACACAGGAGAAAGCACGUACGCACACGGGAAUCUUUUUGCUGUUCGACCGAGUGGUUUAGAUUUGCAUAUCCACUUCCACUCCUUCCUCAUUUGCAUACAGCAAGAAUGGCGAGCGGGCAUCCCACAGACAAAUUCAGUUUCAUGUAUCAACCAGACACGCACAAGAGCUUACAUCUCUCUCCCUUCCAUAUUCCCCCUGCCCCCUCUACCGCUCUGUCUUUUUCUCCCUUUCUCAGUAAGAACAGGUUAGCUUCAGCUAUGAAUCCCGUCUACAGCCCCGUUCAGCCUGGCACUCCAUACGGAAACCCUAAGAACAUGGCCUUUGCAGGCUAUCCAGGAGGGUAUCCCGCCACGGCUCCCACCUAUACACCCAACCUUUAUCAAACAGGGAGUCCCGGGUAUCCACCAGGAUAUUCAGCAGGCACCCAAUACAAAGUGCCCCCCACUCAGUCAAAUGGAGCACCCCCCCCCUACACCCCGAGCCCCACCCCGUACCAAACAGCCAUGUACCCCAUCCGCAGUGCCUACCCUCAGCAGAACCUAUACGCACAGGGAGCGUACUACACCCAGCCGGUGUAUGCGGCUCAGCCUCAUGUGAUCCAUCACACCACCGUGGUGCAGCCCAACAGCAUCCCCUCCGCGGCCCUCUACCCCGCCCCCGUCCCCGUACAGGCUCCUCGCAACCAAGGCAUGGCUGCCAUGGGGAUGGUCGCUGGGACAACCAUGGCCAUGAGUGCAGGUACGGCCAGACUCCUGGCUCCAACAUGGACCCUGCUGACCACGCCUCAGCACGCCCAGAUUGGAGGACACCCGGUAACUGUGCCAACCUACAGGCCCCAAGGGACACCUGGGUACAGCUACGUCCCGCCCCACUGGUAGAGCCCACCCAUCAUAUCUGGAGUCCACCAUCGUAUGCAACUGCUCAAAUCUUACCCGGGCUCCCACUGGUAACCAUGGGAACUCGGCACCUGUCUGCAAGAACAAAACUAAAGUGCAACAGCCACUUUACUAUUAUUGUUAUUGUUAGUACGCGACAUUCUCUAACGUUUUUACAAAAGCUGCUUUUAUUUUUUUCUCUCUGUUCAUUUGCCAACCAGUCAUUACCUUAUUUUGUAUGGCUUUUUUAUUUGAUGUCCUCUUUAUUUGUUUUGAUGUGUUUGUCAUUGGAACUCCAGAAGGACUCUUGACCAAUCACGGGUGUCAGUUGCUCCUGUUUUGUGUUGUGCUGGUGUGUGUGGUCCUUCCUGCUGCUCAGUUGGCUGGAAAAUAUCAGGCACUUAUUCCUCAUUAUCUUCUCCGUCAGUCACUACAAACACUUAUUGACUUGUGCUGCCAAACUUCUAAGAACUAGAUGUCAGCACAGGGUUUUAACAAACUAAGCAUUUUAGGUUUCAGGUUAUUUGACUUCUUGAUAUUCUUUCUUGCCUUUGUUACUUUCUUCCUCUUUUUUCGUCUUCCAGCGCAUAGCUGUCUGUCCGGCAGUAGUCAGUCCAUCCCCCCCGUCGUUUAUCUCCGUACGAGUGCUACGAGCAGAGCGCUUACUGACCCAUCCAGCUGUGUGUCCCACUUCGUCCACUUUAGCAUGAUGCACACCAAGUAAACAUCACCUACUUCAUGCUACAUACUCUGCAGGCUAGUAUGACGGGACACUUUCAAAAUCGUAACCUUAAGUGUAAGUCAAUGCAUUUCAAAUUGUACGAAUAUUUGAUUAACCGCGUCACCGUCGUGGGUGGUCGUGCGCAGUUUCUCACACACACGCAUACACACACACACACACAGGGGCUCCUGUGAUGUGUUGGACACCACAUGAUCAUUUAGUUGCACUUACUGUACAAUAUGUUCAGUUCUGCUGUUACUGAUCAACACACACAAAAGCAGACACACAGGACAUGGAUUUCUGAGUGUGCAUGGCAGACAGCAGAGGAGGAGCUUAAAGGGAUUGUAUUGGCGCAAAGACAGGAGACAAGAUGUGGAGAGUAGACCAAAAGGAGGGAGGAGGAGAUGACAUACUCAGUCAGGUGUGUUUAUUUCAAGGUACAAGACAUUUGAGUUUGUGUUUCUUACCUGCAAGAGACCACACAAUAUGCUAUUUUUGCACUACAUGUUUUGUACAUUGACUCCUCACUGUGAUUACUUCGUCUCCUCCUCCCUUUUUUCUUCCAGGUGACGAUUUUGUAACCAAACACUCAAAGUAGAAAACCUAGACUCUUACAUAUUCAUGACUUAAUGGCCCAGUCUAAUAAAUAUGUGCUGAUAGAUGGAUACGAUUCAAUUCAUAGUCCAGUGCUGAAAAUGUCCAAUCAGAAGGCUGGAAUGUGUAGACACCGAGUCCAUGCCAUAGGGACAAUUUGUUAUUCUCCGAGUCCAGAUUUGAACUUUGAGGCUAGUGCCAUGUGAUUCAGGAGCGCUGGUUUCAGUGUUGGUGGUUACAACAGUCUGAGACAUGAACACAAGGUGCAGAGCCUGGAAGACGAAGUGUCUCGGCCUCUUAGUUUUAAACCGGUUUAUUCCAGGUCGAUUUCAGACUUUUUAGUAGUCUAUAAUAUCCUUAUUGCAAACGUUUUGGAAUGUACACAUAUCUGCUUUUACUGGCAUUUAAACAUAAUCCACCAUUUGUAAUCCAGCAUAAUCUUAAUUAGUGUUCAGAUGAGGAUAACAUUUGAGCCAAUGAAAAAAGGACCAUAUACAGCCUUUUUCUGUUGCCUUUUUUAUGCUUAUUCAUGUGAAAGCGUGUAUGUGCAAAAGCAGUAUGGCGACCCAUCUUAAUAACACUACAAACCUACAGUAGUGACGGUAGGGUUCAAUAUUUAGGUGAGGCGUGUGGCAUUUUUCAGGAUUCACACAGAAAAAAGGACCGAAAUCACCGCUUCAUAAUCUGUAGCGUACAGAUUUGUUUUACAAAAGCAUUUACUGCGCUGGUAUGUAGAUGAAGUGGUUUGAUAUUGCAAUAAAAUAAGAGGGAAUGCCUCCAACUGUUCACAUACAGUUAAUAUUUUAUCAGCGUUUGGAAUUGAUAAUUUUUUUUGAAAUGCUUGUAAUCUCUAAUGUGGAUAACAGGCUCUGUAUGCAGUCUCUAUUCAAUACUAAGUACAUGUAAUGCUAAGAAGAGAGGUAGAACAUAUCAAACAUUUGGGUUUUGAAUAACUUUGUGAGGAAAUGUUGCACAACAUGAGAAAAAAACAAACUUGAUGACCAUCAUUUAAUGCUAAGUAACAGGUACCUAGGCUUUGUAGUGAAGGAGGGAGGAGCAAUUUAUAUUGUAAUUUAAAAAAAUAAGACGAUAAGAUUGAGUGUUUGAGCUAUUGUUAGUCCAGAUGUUUGUACACUUGUAGGUUAAUUCUCAAGAAGAUAUUGCAUUAUGCCGCUGUCGGAUGGAAAAACGCUUGUAUUUCUGAAGAUAUAAAGUGGAUGUUAUCGGGUCUUAAAGUGUCCAACAUCUGUGUUUUUAUUCAACCUGAAAAGAAUACAGGAAGUAGGGUUUCUUGCGACAGCGUAAAUGUUACUCGUCAUUAGGAUUUAUUUAACCAACCACUACUAUCAGUAUUUCUCAAUUAAAUUGUUUUUUCUUUCCCUCUGGUAAAUUGAGCACAUGGGUAUGCAUAAUAUUCAGGUGUAACUCACUAUAGCAUUGGAUCUUUAGGUAAAAAAAAAAAAAUGCAGUAUAUUUAUACAGCAAGUGGUACAGUAAUGUAUUUCUAGCUAAGCAUGGUUGCAUCAGUGUGGCAGCUACUGUUUGCGCUUUUAAUAUUUUAUUUGUUUUACCUUUUCCACAUCUCUGUCCUCUACAUAUCUGUCACCGAGGAGGGGGAGACGUUUAGAUAAUGUCCGUCAACAAAUUGCAGAGAUUCUUGACACCGAAUCCUACAUUUGUUUGACUGUGGAAAGGCUACCAUGAUGCUUUAGGAGACCAUCUUUGCUGUCUUGUGGGUGCAAAGAUGUAUUUAAUGAUGAAUGGAAACCCUCAGCCUCAAUGCCCUUUUUGUUCUGUGCCAUAUUUCAAACGGUAAAGAUUACUUUCAUCUCUGGUGAACUUCUUGUUCUGUCUAGCUUCUUGUGAAUCUGUAUUUCCCUAAUGCUGAAUCUUCACUUUGUUGAUGCAUAUUGCCUGUCUCACUUUGACCUUUCUUACAGUAUCCUCCAUGUUUGUCCUACUUUCACUCCAGAGGCCAUUUUGCAUCCCACCAACCAUUCAAACACUCAGUUAUUCACAUUUCAGGGAUGCACAAUGAUGCCUGAUCACUAGUUCUGCUCCCUCUCAUGUCCACGUCUACCUUUCUUCUUAAAUGUCUGCUCUCAGCGACAUGUUUUUGUUCCUUCUCUCCGACCUUUGCAAUCUCCACCGCCCCGUCUGAGUAGCAGUCAUAUUGAACUAUAUGAUAGUCAUUCAAUUGGUGAUACCCUUUGUAAUUUUUGGUCUUUGUUAAACCUCGACUGAGCCUUUUUUAACACUAGAUGUCGCCAGUGAUGGAGUCUUGAAUCACCAUGGGUCUAGGCUUUGAGCCGAAAUAAUGAUUUAUCGGUGUCCUUUACAUUUUUCAAUCAAAAUUGGAUGUCAUAUUUUUUAACGCUGACACAUUUGGGGGGGGGGGGGCGGUCUUCUCCAAAUGUAACGCCCUUUUUUUCCCCCAGAUAUUUGUUCUCAAAUGCCAUUUUAGACAUGUUUUUAUAGGAGGGGUUGAUCUUUUUAAGUUGAGCGUUAUUAAGAGAGUGCUUUUCUUUCUGGGCUGUGGACCAAUCCUCUUAAAAACUUUUUUUAUGUGGGGGUUAGGCAGACACAACAGAGCAGGUCUGGUUUUCAGGAUGUAGAAACUGCUCCUCAUUCACUCCAUUCACCGCCUCUUCAUUCAUUUCAAUUUGCACUUAAGUGAAAAUGGACAGUUAAACACUUUAAUGUGUUAAGUGGGAGAAAGGCAAAGUUGUCAUAAUGAUGGGUCUUUCAUCAUCUUUUAUUUUUUCCUGUAUCAUUCUAUCCUCUGUGACAUUUCCAAAUGUUGAAAGUCGGUCAUUUUACUGAGGAUUACACUUUUUUUUUUCUCCAGUACAUUUAAAAAAUGCUUGUUCACUUUGACAGUGAAAAUGCACCCAGAACCAUUCACACCACUUCUCGUCUCCUUCCCUCCCCCCUCUCUCUCUCUCUUCCUUUGUUUGCCUUGCCGUUGCUAAGUCUUAGUUUUUAAAUUAAAACACUACUAUCAAAGUAAGUAGUAGGCUCUUAAAUGUCUUCGAUGUUCUGCUGCAGCUUUUUUAAUUUCAAUUUGUCCGAGAUAUCUCUUAGUUUAAUUUCACACUAAAUGUGAAAAAGUGGAAAUUCCUUGUCUUCCAAAAAAAAGCAUACUUGUAUCCCCCUCUCCCUGGAUCGAGUAUUUGGAACAAUCCCAUCUUUGGAAGUUUUAGUUUGGUACCCAGUUUGCACAUGCUAUGGUAUAUCUGUUACCGUAAGGUUGUGUUUGAAACUGAAGCCCAACGUGUGUUCAGCGUUGAGAGAAGUGAACUGUAUGUUAGCUAUUUGGUCCAGAGUGAAGGACCAGCGUCAGGCUUGUGAUAUGAAGUGUAAAUCUGUUUUUAAUUUUUGUUUUUUUAUGUUUAUUUUUCUUUUGUUGUUGAGGGGUUUUUUUUAAGAUCAGUUAGUGAUCGAGUACUAUAACUAAGCCAAGUUUGUAAUUGUAUAUUUACUGUAAAAUGUAGAACAUUGAAUAACUAUUAAAAUUUCCUAUAAAAGGAA